UCAUAUGAAUAAUACUUAAUAUUCAUAUUGCAACUAGUGUCGACAUUUUUUUUAAGUUGAACUCUGUAGGGAAUCAACUUAAUAUAAAUAAGUGGUAAAAUGAAAAACUUUUUACUUUUCAUAUUGAUGAUAUCCUUAAAAUUAAGCUUAAGUGAAUAUGAAAAACAGGUACAGUGUACAUAUUAUCGUUAUUUUCUAAACUUUUUUAACCAUAAUGAAAGAUUUUUGUUAGAAUUCGAAAAAAAUAAUAAUAAUUUAACAAUAGAAAAUCUUAUGAACUAUGGCAAAGCACUUCAAACACACAGUGAAGUAAUUAUGAUAUUUUUGAAUGAAUUUUUUGUAUGUAGAUCAAAAAAGUUUCCUUUUACAUUGAUGACGUUAAAUAUGUACUAAAAAUAACGUUUCUGGUUCUUUAAAUAUGAUUGCUCAAAACAAAGAUGGUGAAAAAAAUGACGCUAAAAAAUUAUUCGAGGGUUAUAAAAUUAUUAAUUUUGCAGUUAAAAAUCAACUGGAAAUUUACAUAUAUAAUAGUUGUGUAAACAUACCGUUUAAUGAUAAUAUGGUUAGUUGCAAUCCUCCAAUCGGUGAAAAUGGAUAUAAUACGAAUAAUCUAAUAAAUAUAAAUAAUAAACUCAAAGAUAGAAUGCUGAAUAAAUUUAAGUCUUCAUUAAAAUCGAAUUCAUACAACAAAUAUCAUCCAAACAUUUUUUUGUAUUAUGAAAUAAUGACCCUACAGAUUUACAGCAAUAAAAAUAAUACUAUAAGCAUAGAUAAUAGUCAACACAUAGAACUAAAUCUACUUCGAUUCACUCCACUUGACUUUCAAUGCUCUAUGGAUAAUCCUUUAACUAUACAAGAUGUAUUUCAGGAUAUGAAAUAUGAUUUUAAUUCUAUGGAUGUUUUACCGUACAUAAAGUUGGUAAUUUCGGCUACGUUUCGACCCUUAGCUAUUCUUAUUCGCAACUUCUUAAUCUUAAUUCAAGUUGCUUCUUCAGAUAAUUCUGAUAGUGUAACAGUUUGGUUAAAACCGCAAUUUAUUGAGAUGGGACAAAAAAUAAUAGAACAUGUAAUGAAAUUCAUAACUCUCUCCCCUUACCAAUAUAAAAGGACAUUUCUACAACGUGAUAUCUUAGAACAGUUUAUUGAAGCCAAUAAAAAUUACAUUGAAAAAACAAGGUUGUCCAAAAUUGAUAUUGAAAAUAAUAAUAUAUUAAUCAAUACACUUUCAAAUUACUUCAUCAAAAAUAAAUUUUACUUUACAAGAGGUAUAGUUCUAACCAAUAAAAAUAUUACUGUGGAUAAUGCUGAUGAUAUUAAAAAUCAAUUAGAAGAAAUUAUUGAAAAAGUUGAUAUCUAUAUGAAGGAUUUAGAAAAAUGGGAUAAUUAUUUAAAUUUUAAUGUACAAAAAUUUAAAAUCCGAUUUUUUAAUAUUUCAAAAUAUAAGAAAUUUAUUGAUUUUAAAGUUUUAGAUCAUAUUUGUAAUACUGAGGCACAUUCUGAAAUAUACAAUGCUAGUAAGAAUGAUAGCAAUAAUAUUAAUAUAGGAUAUUUUAAAGAUAUGGAAAUUGUGGAAUAUUAUAUAAAGAAUCUAAAAGAUGACUAUAAAGAAAUUGAUAAAGAUACAAAAUACUGUCCCUCUAAAUAUGAUUUACCUUUUGAACCUCUUCAUAUCAUUGAUUAUUUGCCAUACAAUGUGUAAAAUGGUAUAAAAUAAAAUGUUUUUAUAAAUGAUACUGUAAAAUAUCAUAACUUAUUUACAAAUUCUUUUAUUUCCAUUUAAUGAUACAAAGUCUUUUUUUUACUCUAGUCUCUCGGUUUCUCUGAAGAUAUAAAUUAUGUUAAGACAAUUAUUUUUGAAAAUUUUCUCGUUUUUUGAUUUUUUGAAAAAAAUCACAAAUUGUGUCUAGUUGAAGAUUUUUUUCUCAUAAGUUUAAAAUUCUCCGUGCCACGUAAUUGAGGAAGUCCCUAAAAAAAUUACAAAAUUAAAGAUCAUUAAUUUUCGAAAUUUUUUCCUUAAAACUAACUUGUGAGAAGAAGUUUCUCAUUCAUAUUAAAAUAUUUUAUUAUAGUGAUUUUGUUUCGAUCAUUCAUUUUUUUCAGCUGUUACUUAACUAAUUUUAAUAACCAACAUAUUAAUGGACAUGAUUUUAAUCAUGUUGAUCUUAUAUUAUUAAUUAUUUCCUAAUUAAUAAUAGUAGAAAAUUUGUUUUUAUACUGAAUUACAUAGUAUAAUCAUAUUACUAAAAUAAAAUAUUUUUUAAUUAUCAUUGACUGAUAUAUACUUUAUUAAACCAAAUUUUUAUACUGAUAUCAAGUCUGAAAUUAGAUUUUUUCUAUCACUCCAUUUUCAGAUUAUUUCUAAUUAGAAAGUAUGUAUUUACUCAUGAAAAAAUGUUCAUCGAGUUAUUAUUGAUUUUUAAUGUGUUAAAUAUAAUGUCAUGAUUAAUCUAUUGUUGUGGUCUUUUAAAGUUGACUUAUAUGAAAUUUUAUAAUUUUAAAAUUUUUGAACUUUCAAAUACAGUUUUAUCUUUACUUGAAAGUUUAGAGUUUAAAAUUUUAUGAAGAUUUAAGGUUUUUGUAUUUUUAGAUUGAUAUAUGAUUACUAUCUUAUAUGAUAACUAUUAACAUUAAAUGUAUAAGGAAAAUUCAAAACUUCAUUAUGUUACAAUACAAUGACCUCUCAUUACAAUUCUUAUCUAAGCAUUGAACUAUGAUAACUAUUGUCAAGUAUAAAUUGUCACAUAUGGGCAAUAUAAUCAAUAUUAUCUGUUAAGCAUAAACUAAAUUAAUUUAAAACUUUCAUGUAAAUAAUAAAAUACACAUAAAUAUUAAUAUGGAUUGUCACUGAUAUGUCAAUUUUGUAAUGAAAUAAUUAAUCAUUGUCUAGAAUAGUAUAUUAGUUUUUAAAAUAACACGUAAUAAAUAAUUUAAUAAAGAGAUAACAAUAGCGUUUCUGACACUUCUUGCAUAUGAAUAUAACUAUAAAAAUUAACAAAACAGCAAUAUAAAAGGGGACAAAAAAAGGCCUAAAAAUGAGGAGUAUACUCUCGGCAUGCUCUCAGUGUCUCGUCAGUAUACUCCCAUGGCUCAUUCUUCAUCGAUCCAGGCGUGCUCUCAGUAUUGACGCAGCUCAUUAAUCUCAAUCGUUUAAUUCAUGUGUAAGAAGUGAACAGAUACGUCUUGAUUUAUUUAAAAUAAACGAGACGACUUAAUUCAUUCUUUAGACGUCCUCCGGAAACAUCAAAGUAAAUACUAAUUAAUUAAAUUAAUAAGACUUAAAAAUAUUAACUUUUUUAAGUGUAUGGUUAACAUAGGAACAAAGAAAGAUUGAGUGAUCACUAAAAAAAUCACUGUGUCUUUCUAUUACCUCUUCAUCAUUCUCAUAAACCCUCGAACUCAUACCCGAGAAAUUUUUAUUA